AUAUGGUGAAAUGUGUGGUCGCAGUGGCACAGUAUGCAAUGGAGAUGAGGGUUUAACAUGUGGCAAUGUAUGUGACAUGUCAGGCACCAGUGUCACCUGUGUCUGUGGACCCUCCCAUACCAGGCAGGGGGACAAAUGUUUACCAAAUAUUGUGGGGUCACCGUGCAAUGGAGAUCUGAACUGUAAAGCACUUGGAGAUAAUGGGAUUUGUGAAGAAGGAGUGUGCAAAAAUUCUUCAAGUAUACCUGUUCACACAGGACUCCUGCUGGUUCUUUCCACCAUUGUUCACAUAUUUCUAAGGCUAAGCAGUUGAUUACUUCAUAGCUAAUUUAAAACAUUUCUUUUUUUCUGGUCUUAUGUAUGUGAUAUGCAGGAUCAAUUCAACAUACAUGUCAACAGAAUACAUUUUCUUAAAGGCAUACCUUUAUAAAU